GAUAUAUAGUUCGACCUUAUGUAUUCAUCCGCGAGUUGGCAAAUUGAAAGUACUUAAUAAUAUAGCAUUCUUUUUAUUUUUAUGUUCUAAUAAUGAUAGUUCUCGAAAAUGAAGAUCACGUUUUGGGUGAUUCUUCCAUUCUGUUUAGGCCAAGUGUUGAAUUAUUUCAAUGCUUUUCAAGGAAAUAAACAUGGUCCGUUUGAGCGAAAAUACAACAGUUUUUCAGAAACUGAAAGAUUGAAGAUGGUAAACAAAUCCAGAAAUAUGUUUUAUUUUGCUUACAAUAAUUAUAUGGAUCAUGCCUUUCCUCUUGAUGAAUUAGACCCGAUACAUUGCAAAGGUCGAGGACCAGAUAGAGAGCACCCAGAGAAUAUAAACAUAAAUGAUGUGCUAGGCGAUUACUCACUAACUUUAAUAGAGUCUUUAGGUACUUUAGCUGUAAUGGGCAACGCCUCAGAGUUUAAAAGAGCAGUUAACUUAGUAAUAAAAAAUGUUUCUUUUGAUAAAAAUAGUACUGUUCAGGUAUUUGAAGCAACAAUAAGGAUAUUAGGAUCUUUACUAUCAGCUCAUAUGAUAGCAACAAAUGAAAUAAAGCUAUUUGAUAAUUUGAAAAUAGAAAAUUACGACAACGAAUUGUUAAGUAUGGCUCAUGAUUUAGCUACUAGAUUAUUACCAGCCUUUGAAAAGUCACCUACAGGCAUUCCUUACCCAAGAGUCAAUCUACAAUUUGGAGUUCCGGAAGAUUCCGUUAAUACCACUUGUACUGCUGGGGCAGGGACACUCUUAUUAGAAUUUGGAGCUUUAAGUAGACUACUAAAAGAUCCUGUUUAUGAGAGCGUUGCAAGACGAUCAAUUGAGAGAUUAUGGACACUGAGGUCAAAUGUUACUGGUUUAUUUGGUAGUAUAAUAAAUAUGCAAACGGGGGAAUGGGAAGAAUCAAUGAGUGGGUUGGGAGCUGGGAUAGACUCUUUUUACGAAUACUUACUGAAAAGCUAUAUAUUAUUUGGCAACGAGAAUGACUUGAAAAAGUUUAAGGAAUCAUAUGAAACUAUAAGGUUCUAUUUACGAAAAGGCAGGCCAACAUGCAAUAGCGGGUGGGGUCAUCCGCCACUUUACGUUAAUGUUAAUAUGAAAAGUGGAAAAUUAUUGAACAAUUGGAUAGACUCUUUACAAGCAUCCUGGCCAGCAGUUCAAGUGAUAUUUGGAGAUGUUGAUGAAGCAAUAUGCACCCACGCCUAUUUCUAUGCAAUUUGGAGAAAGUACGGUGUACUACCAGAGCGUUUUAAUUGGCAUUUAUCUGCUCCAGACGUUUAUUUUUAUCCACUUAGACCCGAAUUCGCUGAAAGUACAUACUUACUCUAUCAGGCUACAAAAAAUCCAUUCUAUCUUCAUGUUGGUAAAGAUAUUAUAGAAAGCUUAGAGACUCAUACUAAAGUAAAAUGUGGCUUUGCAACGGUUCACAACGUUGGUGACAAAACGCUGGAAGAUCGAAUGGAAAGUUUUUUUGUAUCAGAGACUUCUAAAUACCUAUACUUGCUAUUUGACGAGUCCAAUCCAGUAAAUAUCCGACCCACCGAUUAUUUAUUUACUACGGAAGGACACAUCUUUCCAAUGUCAAACGAACUCAGAAAGAAAGCUCCUUUCGUUGAAGAAAAACAGACGAAAUCUAGUAAGAAGUCUACUGAAAAAUCUCUAGUAAAAGAAAUUAAGAAAGACGAAGACGAGAAUACAACCACUAAAACAAAGGACAAAGAUUGGAAAGGCAAUUUAAAAGCUUGCAAAGAAAUCGAUAAUAAAAAUCGUUUGAUAGCUUUUUCACCUCUUCCAAAAUUUGAAAAUUCAAGUGUUUACUGUAAUCGACCAGAAGUGAGUGAAAGAAAAUUUUCACUUCCCAUCUAUGAGCGUUACUUACAACAGAUAGACGCUAUUGUAGGAGUUGAACCUGUUCUGUGA